UGUCAGGUAGUCACUUACUAGCUGUGUCACUGUGAGCAAGGUGUGUGGAUAUUGUGCAAAGUGGAGGUUACUGGAAGGGGGAGGGGACCGACACAUAAAGGGCACAAAACCCCUGUCUAGAAUCAGAGGAGGCUGGGACCAGAGGAAAGAGCAUUACUCAGCUGUAGCUGUUCUCCAUGAACAACUGUGCCUGUCGACCGCUUUGCAAAUUGUAUGUGUGACAGAGAAGAAAAUAUUUUGCACAGACUCAUGAAAAGGAAAGAGGAACUCAAGCAGAAGGAGCAACCUAGAUAAGCAGAAAUAGAGAGACCACAGCUGAUAGACUAGAGAGUGGAGCAGGGAUUUUUUCCUCCAACACAGUACUUCAGCUCCUCACCUGGACAAUUCGGGCUCUCAAUACAACGUAAGAGGGAAGGGAGUCAGAGAGUCAAGGGCAGGGAGUGGAAGAACAGACAAAAACCUCCUGAGGAAGGAGAGAUAGUCAUCAAUAGAGAGAGAGAGGAGGGGAAGUUCCCCCUCUCUCGACCCAACUCGUUGUCAGGCUGGCUGACACAGCCAUGGCGUUCACCUUCGCGGCCUUCUGCUACAUGCUCACCUUAGUGCUGUGUGCCGCACUCAUCUUCUUCGUCAUCUGGCAGAUUAUUGCGUUUGAUGAGCUGUGCACAGACUUCAAGAACCCAAUCGAUCAGAGCAACCCCACCAGAGCGAGGGAAAGAAUUCUGAAUAUUGAAAGAAUAUGCAACCUGCUGCGGAAGCUGGUGGUGCCAGAGUACUCCAUACAUGGGCUGUUCUGCCUGAUGUUCAUGUGUGCUGGGGAGUGGGUCACCCUGGGCCUAAACAUCCCCCUGCUCUUCUACCAUCUCUGGAGGUUUUUCCAUCGGCCGGCAGAUGGGUCAGAGGUAAUGUAUGACCCUGUCAGUGUGAUGAAUGCAGACAUCCUGAACUACUGUCAGAAGGAGUCCUGGUGUAAGCUGGGCUUCUACCUGCUCUCCUUCUUCUACUACCUGUACAGUAUGGUCUACGCCUUGGUGAGUUUCUAAACACAGAAUAGAAGACAAAGCGACAAAGAGGAGAUUGAAAGACCGUAAAAGAGACAGAGCAUGCAAGACUAAGACUGGGUGAUGUCACUCACCCUUCUUUCUCACCACCCAUUACUCCAUCACAGACCCUGUUUUGCUCUCCUCAAAUCUUUGGAUGGAGGGACAAACAUCGGAGGACAUCGUGAGGAAAUUAGGCAAAGUAAAGAGAAUUUUUUGAGGCUGCUCAGACACUGCCGAGACAUAGAAGAGGAGGCGCAGACAGAGAGGAGGAAUGAAGAGAAAGAGAGAACACAUCUUAGCCUGUGUACGGGAUGCCUUGAUCUGACCACAUCACGUCUUAAGGGCUGUGGGUCUGCUAUUCUCAGUGAUACUGUCACUCAACUGUGAAUUUAUAACGUUUGUGUUGCCUAAGUCCUAGCGUAGAUGUUGCGGAUUCAUACGUCAAUAUCCUUCCAUUCCAAUAAACCUCACCAUUUUAGAAAAUAAACAUGUAUUUAGUUAUUCUACUAAUUUGAUUAUUAAUUAUUUCAAUAAUUCAGUACUUGUGGUAAAUCAUAUUCCGAGGAUAUGAAUAGUUAGUUGUUUAAGCAAAUAAAUACACAGUUCAAUGCUACUAUUUUGAUCCAGAGUGAUAGUAAUUGUGUUAUUCACAAAUAUCUAAUAUACGUCAUUUAUGAAGUCAACAACACCAACACACAAUAUGAACUGAACAUACGAACACAACAUGAACCAAUGGAGCAAGCCAAGAGGAGGAAUAACAAGCUGUAACACUGUUUUGAUUAUGAUGCAAUGGCCAUAAGCUUCUGCGAAGGAUCACGGACACCCUGGAGCAAUGUUUGAGUCUAGGUCCAUCCCAAUCAAGGCACUAUCUCCCAGCCCCCGUUCCUGCCCAGGGCAAACAGGCGGAUUUCAUUCCAACAGAAAAUGAUUCAGGAUUGAAGGGAAUGUUUUAGCUCUGACCGAGUUGGUACUUGGGUGUUUAAGUCUUCUGUGUUUGUCUGUUCUGUUCUAGGCAGCAAGGGAUGAUUUCACCUGGACUUUCUAUGCUCUGUGCUCAGUGAUUCUAGAUUCUAGAAAUCUCAUUCAAGAAAAGCAAUAGCUAGGAGUGAUUACUGUACAUGGGAUCAUAUUUCCUCUGUGGACUAAUACUGUGUGACACAAAUAACUGAUGAGGCUGCUGAAGAUGCUGGUGUUGAUAGGGUUCCAAUGAUGACUGUGUCAAGCGCAGAAACGCGUCUCACAUAGAACAUUAUGUUGGGACAUACAUACAGUAACUGUUCUCACUCAUAGGUGUCACAGUGAAUGUUGUCAGACACUUUAGUCUUCGGUUCAUUUCAAAGCCGUGACUUAGCUGGUGCUGUCCUCAUCGUCAUGAAUCCAUAGCGCUAUGGACAUAGCGCCUUCGUACAUCAGCUGAGAUAUCAGAUAUCAGAUAUCAGCUGAUGUACGAAGGGCUAUGUGUAGAUAAUUCAUAAUGAUCGGACUGUGUGAUGUUAAAAUCAUUAGAAAAAUGGGUAAUACUGGAACUUGAAAAAUACAUGUAAAAACUGAGUGAUUAUUUAUUAUAAGCUGCCCAUAAUUGUAGUAAUGAAUUGUUUACAACAGUUGUGAUCAGUUGGCAUCAGAACACACACAGAGCCCUGCAUUAUAAUGGAGCCACUCACAUUUUAGUAAUGUGUCAAUAUUGUUCAGCUAGGUUUCUUGUGCCAAGACACAUACAGUAUGUUGAUCCUGACAGUUCCCUCUAAAAAAGGACAACAACUUCUCAACCCCUGCCAACAAUGUGAGUCAAUCACAGACAAUUGCUAAAGCGCAAAAUGGCGGGUCACAGAGGAGGGGAAAUAUAGCUAGGCUGACCAUCAAUGACUGUCAUAAUGCAGUUCAUCAGAAUGAAUGAAUGAAUAUAUAUUUAAGAAUAACUAUUUGUAACUGUCUUCUAUACAUCUCUCAUCACUGUAUGCUAUAUUUGUUGGUGCGGUAGUUUGUAUUCAUUAGAAUACAAUAUGAUAUACAGGUCACAAACAGCAAUUCACAUAUUAUAA